AAGCCGUAGGCCUCCCCCCGCUCCAUGCUGCCGCCGCCGCCGCGCUGGCCGGGAAGGGGCCGCCCUUCCGGGGAGGAGUGGGAGCCGGGAGGAGGGGCCUGGCGGCGGAGGCGGAGGCCAUCACCGGGAAACGGAGCGGGGGUGCGUGACCGUUCCGUGGCGGAGGCGGGAUGGCCCUGAGGCACCAGCUGGAGCUGUUCCCCGGCUGUGGCGUCACCCUCCUCCUCUUCGACCGCGUCAAAAACGCCGCCGCCCUGAGGAAAAAGGCCAUGGAAGGGGCCAUCGAAGGGGCCUUCAUCAACCCGGCCAUGAUUGUAGAUCCUUUUCAAAUUCUUGUGGCAGCAAACAAAGCAGUUCAUCUACAAAAGAUUGGUAAAAUGAAGACCAGAACUCUCUAUUCAGAAAUUAUUUUCAGCCUUUCACCAAACAACAAUAUUUCAGAUGCAUUUAAAAAGUUUGGCAUUUCAGACAGUGACACAGCAGUACUCAUUGUUCUGGUUGCGGACAGCGGAAAAACUAUAAAUGUGGAAGACAUAGCAUCUCAGGUAGAAGGCCAACAGGUUUCUCUAGAUGAACUCCCCCAACUCACAGACACUGCCAAAGUUAAAAAGCUGUACAAAAUUACUCCACAGGAAGAAAAAAUUGGCACCUUAUUGGACAGUAUUGUUUGCAGAAUGUCAACAAAAGAUGUUUUAUGAAAAUGUGGAAAUAAAUUUUUUUUUUAAGGAAAAA